AUGAACAUUAUCUUGACAUGUCUGCACGCUAACAGUCAGAAAUGGUUGCCCGGGCAGUGACCAUUACUCAGCAUGAGGGGCGAGAAGCCUCGUGCUGUUCACAUCCCUCUCCUCCGUUCUGGGACCAAGCAGAGGACCUCCGCUGCAUCGCCACCACCUUCCAGUAUCUACAGACCUCAGGCUGGUACUGGGGUUCCCUCUCAGCGAGGGAUGCUCGGGAAGCUCUGCUGACAAAGUCUGAGGGUACGUUCCUGGUGCGGGACAGCAGCCACCCACAGUAUGUGCUGGCACUAUCAGUGAAGACGCGCUGUGGACCUACUAGUGUACGAAUCGAGUACAGCAGGGGCUGUUUCUGGCUGGACUCCAUCUCCCCUGGUCUGCCUCAACUGCAGUCCUUCCCGGACGUCCUCAGCCUCAUACAGCACUACAAGAGCUCGGGCCACGCGCCACAGGACCAGGCAUCCAAUGACUUUACCCCCGAAACAAAGCCUGACCCUGAGGGUGGGGUCCCCUUAAACCUGAUGCAUCCUUUACACAAACCCGAGGCCUUCCCCUCUCUGCAGCACCUGGCUCGCCUCACCAUCAACAGACACACAAACUGUCCAGAACACCUGCCACUCCCGAGGCCUCUGCUGCGAUACCUGCAGGACUACCCCUUCCACAUAUGAGGGUCUCUGUCACGUGGAUCAGGGUCACACUCCAUGACCUUGCACUGUGGCUCUGGGACAGUUCGACACCCCAGGCAACAGAGGAGAAGGUUUCUUUACUGUUCAUGAACAGCGGAGCUAACUCUCCUGUAACAUGUUCAGAAAGCUUUUAAACGUUUCCUCACAUCCCAGUUGUUUUCCUGUUAUGGGCAUCAUGAUACAACAGGUAUUCUGAUCAUGGUUUACAGAGAGGAGAGGUCCAUUUCCUGCUGUGUCACCUUAAUAACUCUCUUCCAUUCAAAAGACAGAAGAAUUAAGAUAUUUGAGGCUACACUGGUUACCGAUGUUGUAUCCAAUGUAACGUGUGGAUAAAUUAAGGUCAGGCUGACACUUCUUGACGUGCAGCCAGAGUCGACUGACAAAGUCAUUGGAAAAGAGCAAAUAAAAAAGACAGGGCACAGUGUGUGCUUUGCAUUUCUUUCAUGUCCUGUAUCUGUUCUAAAAUCAGAUAUCUUCUGUUCGAAGUAAAGACACACUCGCUUUCAGAAAUCAUAACCAGAAUGAAGAUCAGAGGAUGAUGAGUAUUAAAUGACAUCUGGUUACAAAGCUGGUUCUUCUCAGAAGAGGAUCAAACGGGCCUGUGGAUUUCCCAGAAAUCAAUUUCAGAAAUGUUUCCUCUUGUUAUCCAGAGUGUUUCCACUGCUGGUAGGACUGGGCAGUUUGAACAUGCUGUUGUGGUUUCUAUCAUACUCGCUGUGCCCACUAGAUGUCUCUGUACAUACUUCCUGUUUCCUGACCCACCUGUUCACCUGUCGUCCAUAAUGUCCACUAAAACUUCUACCUCUUUUUCAAUCAUCUGCUCCCUGGUAUUUUUACCAGCCCUGUACAAAAUUGGGUUCUUUUGUCUUUGUGUGUUGGUCCUCCUGCUACCUGUCUGUCCCUUCCUAUCUGUCUGUCUGUCCUCAUCACUUGAUCUAUUAGAGUUGCUUCAUUGCACCAGCCUUCCUGUGUCUGUGCUCGAGUCCUCCCUCCCUGUGCUGCUACCACCUGCAAUGACAGCUUGAUCUGGCCUAAGAUGGACCCAGCAGACAAGCCCUGCCUCAGCCUGUAGAGGCAGAGGAUACCUGGGAGGAUUUUAGAUUGGUCUAAAAGAGUAAGAUCCUGUUCUUGUACCUAAGUUGGGCGUCCUUACAGACAACCAGCCUGCUUCCAUCAUCUCUGUUGUACAUGCUCCUCAGGCUGUUUUCCGAGCUCCUGCAAGAUAUUAAAGCUACCUGGCGGUUUGCACCUGUUGCCAGCCAAUGUUGCAUCUGGUGCUCAACUUCACUUGUUGGCCUGUAUGUCGACCUCCCUCCUAUCUUUCUCUCUCUUCUCUCCCCCUCUUUUCCACCCAUCUCUCCUCUCCUCCCCAUUUUUCUCUGCUUACCCCAACCAGUCCAGGCAGAUGGCCACCCACAUUGAGUUUGGUUCUGCUAAUGGCUUCUUCCAGUUAUUGUGGGAGUUUUUCUCUCCACAGUCACCAAAGUGCUUGAU